AUGUUUGUGGUGGAUUGGAGCGUGCAGUUAUGCAUAGGAGUGAUGGCUCCUCUCUUCCGUGCCCUCGUGCAACUGCCUUUGUCAAUUUUCGUAUGGAAUGGGUUCCAGCUUGUGGCAUUGCCUAUCAAUAUUCCACUGAGGUUAUUUCUGGGAACGUCGCUGAACCGUUUAGUUGCGCAUACAAGCACAGUAGACUUCUAUGUAGUUUUGACGUUGUUUCAGUAUUUAGCUGUGCUAUGUGCUUUUGGCAGUAUAAUAGGGCUCAUCUUCGGAUUCGUGUUGGGUGUGUUCCACUCAAUCUGCGGGGUACCCAGUGUAUACAUCAGUCUAGAAUGGAAACGGUGGUUUGCGCCGGUACGUACGGUCCUUGAACGUGCCUCCAAUACUAUUGUCAACAUCAUGCGAGGACAAACCAUUGCACCAAUACCUAUGCCUAAGCCUAAGCCCAUGCAUACAUCAAAUUCUAGCAAGAAACAAUUCCAUGAUGAGGUUGGAGUUGAUGAUACGACCAUAACACAUGAUGCUAACGGCUAUAUCACCCCUUGCCAAACGCCUACUAACGAAAAAAUCCAGCAUUAUAAUAAUGAUUCAUUCAACACGACCACCACAGACGACGAACCCACUGAUAUUUGGGAUAGAUCCGACACCUACCAAAACUCAUUUGCCACCAAUGAAACUUUGAUGUCUCUCUCUAACAGAGCUAAACUUCGAAGAAAUAUUAGUGAUGCGGACAUCGUUAAUAUAAAGAUUUUACGAAGGAAUUCUAGGUGA